AAUACUAAUCUCAUUUCUAUAUUCUUGAUGCCACAUCAACCCUAUUUAUUUGAUCAAUACUAAUAUCAUUUCUAUUAUCUCUCUCUCUCUUUGUAUCUCUCUCGACGAUAUCAUCGAUCAAUACUUUGCGGGAUCUCGAUAACAAGAAGUUAACUAGACCAAUUCCUUCACAAAUUGGCGUUUGAGGCAUCUUAAAAUACUGGUUGUCUUGUACCGGCUUAUUGGAACGGAAGUGAUUCAAGGAUAAAGGGUCAAAACAAGGAAUUUGAAUUUGUUGUUUUCUUGGAGGAAGCAAAUGCCUUCUCAAAAGAUUGAAACUGGUCAUCAAGACACUGUUCAUGAUGUGGCGAUGGAUUACUAUGGUAAGCGUCUUGCUACAGCUUCUUCAGACAACACCAUUAAGAUAGUCGGGGUGAGCAAUUCGACCUCUGAGCAUCUUGCCACCUUAAGCAGUCAUCAAGGACCUGUGUGGCAAGUGGCUUGGGCUCACCCCAAGUUUGGUUCCCUUCUUGCUUCAUGUUCUUAUGAUGGGAGGGUCAUACUUUGGAAGGAAAGUAAACAAAAUGAGUGGAGCCAAGCCCAUGUUUUUGAUGAUCAUAAAUCUUCUGUGAAUUCCAUUGCUUGGGCUCCUCAUGAAUUGGGUCUAUGUUUAGCAUGUGGAUCCUCAAAUGGCAAUAUUUCAGUUUUUACUGCACGAUCUGAUGGUGGUUGGGACACGUCACGCAUUGACCAAGCUCACCUAGUUGGUGUUACUUCCGUUUCAUGGGCACCAUCAAUGGCUCCUGGUGCUCUUGUUGGCUCUGGUCUGCUUGAUCCUGUUCAAAAGCUUGCAUCGGGUGGUUGUGAUAAUACUGUAAAAGUGUGGAAGCUUUAUAAUGGAGUUUGGAAGAUGGAUUGCUUCCCUGCUCUUCAAAUGCAUACUGAUUGGGUUAGGGAUGUUGCUUGGGCACCUAACUUGGGACUCCCUAAAUCCACAAUUGCAAGUGCUUCACAGGAUGGGAGAGUCAUUGUGUGGACUGUGACAAAGGAAGGGGAUCAAUGGGAUGGUAAGGUUUUGAAGGAUUUUCUGACCCCUGUUUGGAGGGUCUCUUGGUCACUCACUGGAAACAUACUGGCUGUGGCUGAUGGGAAAAACUAUGUAACAUUGUGGAAAGAAGAAGUAGAUGGAGAAUGGCAACAGGUGACAACAGUUGAGCCGUAAAGCUCGAGCCCCCACCCCUUUUUUCUCGUGAUUAUAGUUCAAUACUUUGCUUGAAAUUGAGGGUCCUAAGACAGUCAAAACUUUUAGUCUUUAUGAGAAGUCAGUUGCAUGAUAUGAAGGUUUAUGAAUAUUUUUUACCUGA